AUGAGACUCACCUUCGCGCAGUCGCUAAUGCGCACCUGGGCCCCGCGAUGUCAACGCACGGGUCCGGUUCGCCGCAUGUCCAGCACAACGAUCCGCCGCAGCAGGUUACGGGCACGGCUGGAAAUUCCUCCUCCGUUUCCAGUCACUAAGAGCUGCCCCGAGUCCAGCUGCAACUGCCCACCCACCCCGGACAUGCCAAGGGGCAUGCCGAUUGAUCACGAGCAAGCAUUGAAUGGAACAAUGGCGGCGUACACAGAACAGCUAUUGGUCUGUACUGGACAGCAGGAUUGGGCCAGUCGCAUUGAAAAUGACGGCGAGAACCAAGGCUGGGGAAAUCUCGUGAGAGGCUUGAAGAAGCUACUCGGUCGCGGAGGCCCAUAUCUCGACGCAUCUUCGUCAAUUGCGCCUGCAACAAGCUCUUCCACCGCGGCUUCGGCAUUUUUGUUUCCAAGUUUUAAGUACAUACCUUCGAUACCCGUCGACAAUCACGCCCACCAAACCGGCCUCACGACCUUUGUUCGCGCAUAUCUUCUCCCCAAACGCCUUCAUGACAUGCACGCCUCACUCCCCGUAGCCAAGCAAGUGGACAUGACUCGUUUCCCGGACCUACAGGGACACUUCCCCGACGCAGUGGACAUUAACUACUCUCCCACCAUUUUGAUCUGUGGACAUGGAGGGCGCGACAUGCGUUGUGGUACUAUGGCGCCUGCGCUGGAAAGCGAAUUCCAACGGGUGCUCCAGGCCCGUGGUUUUACUUCGGCGAACAGUGAGGGAACUACAGUGGAUGCUCCGAACCAUGCCCACAUCGGGCGCAUCAGUCAUAUUGGAGGACACAAGUACGCAGGCAAUGUGAUUGUCUAUCUUCCCCCAAAGAUGACGAUUGGCGGCGGCACAGAACCUCACCCGCUUGCAGGGAAAGGAAUAUGGUAUGGGCGCAUUGAACCUAAGCAUGUGGAGGGUCUUGUUGAGGAGACCGUCCUUGGUGGCAAAGUGGUGACAGAUCAUUUCCGGGGGGGCAUUGACAGAAGUGGUGAUAUUUUACGAAUGUAG